AUGUGUGAUAAAACUGAAGUGUUAAGUCAUCUACUUCAAAAGGGUUUUCCAAGAAAGUACACAUUUUGGUACAUGCAUGGGGAAAAACAUAUUCAAUCCAAUGUUGAAGAAGCACAAGCACGCGAAGACCCAAUUAGACAAUAUCCAAUGCAAGAUAUGUUAAAUGAUGUUUUUGGUGUCUUUGAUGAUCAUGGAAUUGAAGAUUCUGACACAUCAAAUCAACCUAAUGGCGACCACACUGGGGGUACAAAAGAUGCCAGUAAAGAAGAGUUAGAAAAAAUUAAAGAAUUGCUAAGGGAUGGGAAUCAAGAACUCUACGAUGGUUGCACAAAAUAUAGCAAAUUGUCAUUCAUUGUUCGGUUGUAUCAUAUAAAAGUCUUAUGUGGUGCAACUGAUAAAACAUUUUCUUUGAUUAUUGAACUUUUAAAUGAUGCUUUUCCCCAUGCUAAAUUGCCAACAUCUUUCUAUGAGGCAAAAAAGAUGAUUAAAAGGUUGGGUCUAAGCUAUGAUAAGAUUCAUGCAUGUCCAAAAAAUUGCAUGUUAUUUUGGGGUUCACCGGAGGCUGAGAAGAUGGAUAAAUGCGAGAAGUGCAACACAUCCAGAUGGAAAUCAAAUGAAAAUGAUGGUGGUGCAAAUAAUAUGAUGGACGACACAAAGAAGAAAAAAACAAAACCAGCAAAAGUAUUGCGAUACUUUCCACUUAUACCUAGAUUGCUGAGACUAUACAUGUGCUCUAAAACUGCAGAGCAGUUGAAAUGGCAUGCUACGGGGGUAAACCCAGAUGGGUUAUUAAGGCAUCCUAGAGAUAGUAAAGCCUGGAAGGAAUUUGACUUAUUGUAUCCGGAUUUCGCUUCAGAGCCGCGUAAUUUACGAAUUGCAUUAGCUACCGAUGGUUUCAAUCCAUUUGGAACUUUAAGUUCCAAUAAUAGCAUUUGGCCAGUGAUGUUGUAUAUUUAUAACUAUCCUCCGUGGUGUUGUAUGAAGCAAACUUCUCUUAUCAUGUCAAUGAUAAUUCCUGGUCCUAAGAUGCCUGGCAAUAAUAUUGAUGUUUACCUGCAGCCCCUAGUUGCAGAAUUACAAAAAUUAUGGAUUGGUGUAGAUGCUUAUGAUUCCUCUACUGAUGAAAUGUUUCAAAUGCGUGCUUCAUUGUUUUGUACUAUAAGUGACUUUCCAGGUCUUGACAACUUAUCUGGGUGGAAUACACAUACAUUGCUUGCUUGUCCAUCAUGUAAUUUUAACACAGAAUCUAAAAGGUUGAAGUUUGGUAGAAAAAAUUGUUUCAUGGGGCAUCGUCGGUAUUUGUCACCUGAUCACAAGUACAGAUACAACAAACAUUCCUUUGAUGGUUCUACUGAACUUAGGCCUGCGCCUAUUCCACCAUCAGGUUCAGACAUGUUAAGACAAAUUGAGGUGAGUCAAAAAAGGGUUGAGGAUGAAGGUACAAGUGAGAUUGGCCCACAACAAUGGAAGAAAAAGAGUAUCUUUUGGGAUCUACCGUAUUGGGAGCAUAACCUCAUUCGUCAUUGCCUUGAUAUGAUGCAUAUAGAAAAAAAUGUUUGUGAUAAUAUAUUGUUCACAGUGCUUGAUGACAAAAGGAGAACAAAAGAUAAUUUUCAAGCUCGUAAAGACUUACAGGAAAUGGGAAUUAGAGAAAAGCUUCAUCCAUAUCCUAAUUCCUCUAAGUUUCCUCCAUCAUGCUUUAAAAUGAAGAAUUUGGAGAAAGAUAUCUUCCUAAAAGUUCUAAAGAAUGUGAUUUUCCCUGAUAAUUACUCAUCAAACAUUUCUAGAUGCAUUGACAUUAAGAAACGCAAGAUCUCUGGUUUAAAGAGUCAUGAUUCACACAUUCUGAUGGAGCAUCUUUUGCCAAUUGCCUUAAGAAGAACUCUUCCUAAAGAAGUUACUUCUAUUUUGAUUGAGCUAUGUAACUACUUUAGAGAAGUAUCAAGCAAAGUUUUAGAUGUCAAGUAUUUAGAGAAACUACAACAACGAAUUGCUUUGACCCUUUGCCACAUGGAGAUGAUAUUCCCUCCAUCCUUUUUCACCAUUAUGGUUCAUUUGGUUAUUCAUCUUGGAGAGCAAGCAAUGAUUGCUGGUCCGGUACAAUACAGAUGGAUGUACCCUAUUGAAAGGACCCUCGGCCAUUUAAAAUCAUAUGUUCGUAACAAAGCCACACCAGAAGGUUGUAUAGCUGAAGGGUACUUAAUGGAGGAAUGUCUCACUUUUUGUUCAAGAUAUUUAGAUGAUGGUGACAUUGAAACGAGGUUUAAUCGACCAAGACGCAAUAAUGAUGACCAUGAACUUAAUGCUAGUAGUGAAUCAACUAUUUUGUUGAAUUUAUUUCCUACAUCAGGCAGACCUAUUGGUGCUAUCAAGGUUGCAAGAAAGGAUGAUCCCACUAUUUUGACUGAAAUUGAAUGGCUUGCAAAAGGGCCAAAUAAUAUUGCAAGGAGAUUUAAUGGGUAUAAUAUUCAUGGUUUUAAGUUUCGUACAGAGAGGAAGGAGCAAGGAUUGAGUACACAGAAUAGUGGGGUUGUUAUGUCUGCCAUUACUAAAAGAUUUUCAAGUGGUAGGGAACCUAUUGAAAGAUCAAUUGAUGUUAUGUACUAUGGGAAAUUGGUUGAUAUUAUAGAGUUAGAUUACUAUGGCAAGUUAAGGGUUGUGCUAUUCAAAUGUAUUUGGGUAGACACUACACCUAACAAGGGAGUCAAGAUAGAUGAAUUUGGGAUAACAAGUGUAAACUUUUCUCGCAUGAUACACACAGGUGCACAUGAAACAGAUGAACCAUUUAUCCUUGCAGCUGAUGCUAGAAUGGUAUAUUAUGUUGAUGAUCCAAUUGAUCAAGAUUGGUGUUGUGUUUGUCAUGUGAAACCUCGAGACAUAUAUGAUAUGGGAGAUGUGAACUUAAUGGACUUGGAAGAGCCAUUGAUGGAGGACAUACCUUUCUGUGAGCAACAUUUGGAGAAUAUUGAAGAAUUACAAUUAGUUCGGGAUGAUGUCAAUGAACAAGAACAAAAUGAACCAAAUUAUGAUGAAGAUCAUAAUAGUUGCAGUGAUGGAGAUGUAGGAAGAAUGUUAGACUAG